CUCGCUUAGCGUUGGAUGUGUGGUCCUUUUCUGUGGUGCUCUGUGGCACAGUAAUCAAGCUCAACCAGCUCUGGUGGUGAAAGAUCUUAGUUCUAAGCGAAGAAUCCCCACACGGAGGCAAUCUUCUGAUGAGCGCACAGCCAGUGUAAGAACUGCGUUCGAAUUGAGUGGUUGGAUGAUGGGUUUGUACUGCACUGGAGUAAGAAACGAUUGUGAUGUGUUCUUAGUGGAAAGCUCUUCGCGCGGAUUUUUAUGUGUUGCGAACAUUCCGAGGAUGUGCUCUGCUCAGUGGUUACGCUAUUAAUCAUUUCGCUGAACGCCGGAGACUGCACAAGGAUAUUGGGAGCCAGUGAAGUUUGAAUCGGGUUUGAAUGCCAUUGAUAAUCAGCGUAGGACAGUGAUAUUCUAUUUCAUAAAGGUGAUUAAACAGUGUGUGGUUCGUGUUGGGGUGGAGUUUGCUUUUGGUUCAUAUUUAUCUCUAUCCGUUCAUCAGAGGAAGUUUCGUCUAUGAUAGAUUUGCUGAAACAGAGAGACGGGAAAAGAACGGCGGUGAACGAUCGGAGUCACCAAUUGAACAGGUCUUGAUUGAGUUAUCAGAGAGGGGCAGUAUAUAUGACAAGUUAAUAAAGUGGUUGCCCCUUGCGGUUAAGUCUAGUGGCGGCGGCGAUGUCAGCAAGGAAUACGCGAGACGUCGAAAAUCAAAUAAAUAAAUUUAUUAUCAAAUCAGGUCAAUUUGUAUUAAGCAGAAAUACAUAUUGUUAAGUGCGGCGGCGGAUAGAAUGUGCUCAUCGCGGUGCUGCGCGGAAUGCAUCAACACGAGAGAAGAACGCAGUCACUAGAGGGCGUUUGUGUGCGCGGUGCAAAUGAUAUAUCCCAAUCUGCAUAAGUCAGACGGUUUCGUGCGGUAUCUAGAGGUGGUAACUGCAACUGUGUAAAACGCAUCUAAUCAACGGUGAAAUCAGCCUAGUGCUAAUAAAUAGUGGCAACAAUCAUCAUUGGGGAAUCUUGUGUAUCACACUCAUUUCUCGCCGAAAGUGCGGUAUGCUAUGCGCGUGUUUGUGUGAAUUUGUACGUGUGUGUGCGCGCGCGCUCUAAAAAGUGAUAAUAGAAGUACUGUUUUCUCUGGACCGGUUCGCGAUUGUGAUUGUAAACAAAUCAAAUCACAUUGGAUGGCGCCUCUGCUCUUAAAAGCCAGUAGCACUCAAACGAUAAAGCAGUAAAUUUUAGAAGAAAAAAAACUGUGAAUAGAAACUGGAAUUUCAAGCAUCCUAAGCAUUUCGUUGGCGGGGCGACUAUCUGUGUCGAAUUGUCAAUUGAACCCACUUGAUAGAUUUUCGACCAAUAGAAGUAGAAAGCGAAGCGACUUGCAAAAGACGGAGGAAGAUGAAGCUCGUUGUGAUCUGUCUGAUAGUGCAGACUUUGCGCUGUGCGCUGUCGAUUCCUCACAAGUCGGAACCCACGAUCUCGGAGUGCACCGCAAAGGGUGGCGAGUGUGACGAAAGCAAAGGGCGUCCGGUAUGCGGCACGGACAAUCAAACCUAUCCAACGCGGUGCCAUCUAAUCAGGGCGCAGUGCAGUGGGCACCAAGUUAGCCUGAAACAUCGGGGCACGUGCAAAGACGUGUGUCUCGCUUCGCGCACAUACGCCCUCCAGCAUCGGUCCAACUCGCCGUACGGGGUCAAGUUCGUGCCCCGGUGCCGGGAGGAUGGUACCUACGCACCAGUGCAGUGCCUCGAGAGUGUUGGCUGCUGGUGCGUUAACAGCCAGGGUAAACCGCUGCCCAACACAACGGUUCAGCACGGGAAACCAGUUUGCGUGAAGAAGGGCAAAUCCAACCAGCGGAGAUCCUCUCCAAGAAAUCCGGUUAGGAACAAACGCAGUUGUUCCCGGAUGGAUCGCGCGGUGUUCAACCGCAACUUGUUGAAACUGUUCGAGAACGAGCACAUUCGGGUGCAGCAAAACGCUAGGAGCGGAUUGUCGAUAGCCACCGGGAUCGGCGGAGGAGUUGCCGAGAAAAUCGUGCUAGAGUGGAAGUUCGCUUCGAUCGAUGGGAACAAAAAUGGCAUGUUGGACAAAAAUGAGUACCGCGAGCUUAAGCGACUGAUUAAGAAGGUCGUCAAGCCUAAACGUUGCGGCCGCUCGUUCGGCAAAAGCUGCGAUGUUGAUCAGGAUGAACGAUUAUCGCGUCAAGAAUGGGCGAAUUGCUUCUCCAAAGACAAUCUAACACCCGAGAUGGAACAGUACCCCUCAUCAUCAUCUAGUUCUUCGGGUGGUUCUGGUGGAUUGUUCGGCCAUCAUCAUCAUCAUCAGCAGCAUCCUGGCAGCGCAGCCGAGGGUGGUGCCGUGGGCCGUGGUGGUAUGGUAAUUGGUGUCGGUAUCGGUGGCUCUCCACACUCCACUUCCUCUAGCUCUAGCACUAGCUUCCUCCGGUACGAUGAGUCACAGCAGAAUAGCUCCAAUGAUUACACUGAUUUUGAUGAUGAAGAUGAUUACUCUGAAAAUGACGACGAUUCGGACGAACUGCCCGAUAGUGAUAACAUGCUACUAAACGGACUGCACUUUAGCAUUGCCGGCAAGCGGCUUCAGCCCAAUCUGUUGCUAGAAGGUAAGACAACGCUGGAACUAAAGGGCGAUCAGGACCCCAUCUUCAAGGACAGCGAAGCGGAAUCGGACUGUUUAAGCGAUCGAACUGCUGCGCUCGAGGAACAAAGGAGCGGCGCCACGGCUUUGUAUGUACCCGAGUGUACCGCCGAUGGUCGGUAUCAGAGGGUGCAAUGCUAUCGUUCCACCGGAUACUGCUGGUGCGUUCACGAAGAUACUGGGAAAAAUAUACCCGGGACGUCGACGAAGGAUAAACGACCGCAGUGUGAUGUGUAUUCGAGCGUUGGUGGUCGACAGAUGCGGGGCUGCCCAGAUGAUAAGAAGCUGGAGUUUUUGAAGGAUUUGAAAGAUUUUCUGAAGCAACAGAUCGCGAGCAAUUCGGUGACGGCGGCAGACAACACAAAGUGGAUCACAGAGGACGAAAAGAUCGCAACGCUUAGCUUCGUUCUGCUGGACAAGAACAAAAACAAGGUAUGGGAGAGAAAAGAAUGGAAAACGUUCCGGGAGCUGGUGACAGCUACAAGACAACUUCGGAAGUGCGGUAAGAAAAUGCCCCGCUAUUGCGACGUUAAUAACGACCGCAAGAUCACCCUGUCCGAGUGGCUCAACUGCCUGCAGACCCAACGGACACCGUACGUGGACAGUGCGGCCAAAAUCUCCAGUCCCUCCAGCGGAUCCGACGGUGGCUCGUCGGAUGUUUGGAAACCUUCGCUUUCCGCUUCGUCCACCUCCAAAUUUCGAGGUCCAAACCCGCUGGAAUCGGUUUUGAAGAGUGAUUAGACCAAUCGAAACUCACAUUCGAAGAGUUCGGAAGAAUAUUCACGUAUGAGACUUAAGCUCUGGUAGUGAUGAGUGGAAUGCGACGGUUAGAAAUGCAGAAGUGCCUGCGAAUUUUUAUCCGAGAAAAAAAAAACAGAAUAAACUCACCAAGAGAGCGAUCGAGAAGUGAAAGGAGAAUAUUUUGAAAUGUAGUGCCAUGUCCACGCUCAUAGAGGAAGCGUUUUUUAGUUUUGUGAGCUGCUAGAGUUCGUAAUGGAACCAACUGUGUUAAGCUACUACCCGGUGAACCAGUGAUAUUUUCGCACUUUAUAUCGCACCCUUAAAAAGAUUUGCAUAUAUUUUUCUAUGCUGGUAUGGAGAGGAAACAAGAGGAAGGAAGGUAAAAAAAGGAAAUAGUUUAGAAAUUGUUUUUGUGGUAUUGCAACUAUUGUUAAAUCAAAGCUGUCAGUUUCGAUACGAUCAUUUUUGUUUCAAGAAUUCCGAGAGUACUGCCUCCACGUUAGCAUUUAUCCUAUAUUCGACUACCGAACUCUGGGUUUGCACAAAAUACGUAUGAAAACUGUCGGCUUUUAGAUCCCUAACAAAGGCAGAGAGUAAGUGUCGACAGAUGAAAUUGAACACGGAAUCAUGAAUCGUAACCAGUAUUAAAUUGUUAUCUAUUAUUGUUGCCUCAUGUCGAAUGGAAAAUAGAGACAGUUAAGUUCAGAAAUAUGCAGUAAAUUGUUGCUUUCGUGCUGGCUAUUCAGAAAAUAAGAAUGAAAUUGAAAUACUAUCAUGAAAAAAGUGCGUGUGAUAUAUGUUAUUUAAUUUAAACCAUACGUUAUUAUUUAGAUUUUAUCAUUGUAGGAGCAUUAUUCACAAAAGUUGUCCUAUGCUUAGGAUGGGGAGCUGAAAAUGAGAAGUGAAUCAUGUUAAGAGAUAUGUUUAUUUAGGACAUAGGAAAAAAUCGCUAUCCGCUUACUAUUUAUACAUACAUGAGAACAAUAUGAUAUUAAAACAAGUGACAGUUCCUGGCUCCUAGUUGGAAGCGUUGGAACCGAAACUCUCUUUUGUUUACUACCGAGUACGCGAAUUUCGUUUGAGUACAUAAUUGAGAAUAUUGGA